GCGAUAGGCGCAUGCACGCGCACUGGGUGUUGCCUGCGUAUAAAUUCUCGUGCCGUUUCUCAGCUCCUCAACUUUCCGUUGCCCGUCAUAACCGACUAGCCUUACUGUCUGUGUCCAGUUACCAUUCUGCAGCCAUGGCACCAACACAUCUGGAGGCCAUCGUCUUGUCUUUGGUCGGUAUGUUCAAGCAGUAUGCUUCCAAGGAUGGGAAGGGUUCCACCCUCAGCCGCAGUGAGUUCAAACAGCUGAUGGAAAAAGAGCUGUCCGGCUUCCUACAGAAUCAGAAAGACCCUGCCGAGGUGGAUAAAAUCAUGAAGUCCCUAGAUGCCGACGGUGACGGGGAGCUGGACUUCAUGGAGUUUUCCAGUCUGGUGAUGGCGCUCUCCAUGGUCUGCAAUCAGGUCAUCUCUGAACUGGAGACUAAAAAGUGAGGCGGGGGGGGGGCCAGAGAGAGUCCACCUUGUAAGAAUCCCAAUAAACACUGGCCAUCCUCAUCCCUUAAUCCACUCUUCUGGUUUUCUAUGCUUCUGUUUGUCUCUGUCUCUAUGCACAUCUAUCCGUGUUCACAUACGACGGGUGAAAAUGGGGAGACUGGAGGAAAUUUGAAUUAUUUCAUUCAUUGUUGAAAUCGAGACUCCAUUCAUAUGUCUCUUAGGAGUCUCUGUGUGCAUGACUAAUUUUAACUUUUGAAAUCUGUUUUAUUAUUUGAAGAGAACCUGAUGGUAUGUUUACAUAUAUCAUGUCUUUCUGAGGUCCUCCUUUUGCUAAAUCAGAUGUGUGUACUCCCAAUCUGAGAUACAAACUGAAGUGUGUGUCUUGUUCAGUUUAUCCAAUUAAAUUGCAUUUGUUUGCUUAAGA